GGAAUACACAUUUGUACUUUAUAUAAAUAGGAUAAGGAUUUUUGAUUUUUAAUUAUCAUUCUUUUAUUUACUUUAUUUUAUUUUUCUUAAUCUUAUUUAUUAGAAUUUAAUAGAAUAUAGAUGACUGAUACAGCUGUUUCUGAACGUGGACAAGAACGCUUUGUCACUGCUGAACAAAAGCUUCACUCUCUUGAAAAAUUAGAUGAUACCGGUGCAGGUGGCUGGAAUUGGUUUACAGCACGUACUAUCCUUACGUCUGGUGCAGGUUUCUUUACAGAUUCUUAUGAUGUAUUUAUUAUCAACUUGAUUACGCCUAUGCUUGGUUAUGUUUAUUAUGCUCACAAUAAUAAUAAGAUUCCAGCAGAUAUUGAAGGUAUAUUGAAGGGUAUGUCUUCUGUAGGUACCUUUAUUGGUCAACUUCUUUUUGGUUUCUUGGGUGAUAUCGUGGGUCGUAAAAUUUAUGGGUUUGAAUUAUUAAUCAUUAUCAUCGGUACUAUUAACUGCGCUACCUCUGCUUCUGCUAUUCGUGGUGUCUCUACUAUCGGCUUCCUUGGUCUUUGGCGUCUUAUUCUUGGUAUCGGUAUUGGUGGUGAUUAUCCCAUGUCGGCUACUAUUACCUCUGAAUGGUCUGCUGCUGGUAAGCGUGGUAUGAUGAUGGCUCUUAUCUUUUCUAUGCAAGGUAUUGGUAACUUGGCUGCUGCAAUUGUUACUUUAAUUCUUUUGGCUAUUUUCAAGAAUGCUAUCAUCUCUGAUGUUAUGAACUUGGAUUAUGUUUGGCGUCUCUGUAUUGGUCUUGGUGCUAUCCCCGCCGUUGCCACUAUUUACCUUCGAUUUACUAUGCCUGAAUCCCCCCGUUAUUCUUUAGAUGUCGAACAUGAUGUUGAAGCCGCUGCUCAGGCUAAAGGCCAAGUGGUGUCGAAUGAAAUGUCUAAACAAUAUACUAAAGUUGAAACAAAACGUGACCAUUGGGCAGAAUUUAGAGCUUACUUUAGUCAAUGGAGACAUUUCAAGGUCUUACUCGGUACUGCCUCUGCCUGGUUCCUUUUGGAUGUUGCCUUUUAUGGUCUUGGUCUCAACAAUUCAGCUGUCUUAUCUGCUAUUGGAUUUGCUAAUAAACCCACCCCCUUUGAAGCCCUCUGGGCUAACACUGUAGGUCAAAUUAUCAUCACCUGUCUUGGUUCUGUCCCUGGCUAUUACAUUACUGUCUUUACCAUUGAAAAAUUAGGUCGUCGUUUUAUUCAAAUUAUGGGUUUCGCUGUUACAACUGUAUUAUUUGCUAUCCUUGCUGGAUGUUAUAAACUCUUGAUUGAACGUUCUGUACCUGUCUUCAUCUUCCUCUUCACUCUUGCUCAGCUCUUUCAAAACUUCGGUGCCAACUCCACCACCUUUAUUAUUCCAGGUGAAGUCUUCCCUACUAAAGUACGUGCCUCUGCUCAUGGUAUCUCCGCUGCCUCAGGUAAAGCAGGUGCUAUCUUGGCUUCCUUUGCCUUUAACGCUCUCGUUGACCAUGGCGGUCCUCAAGGUUCUCAUGCUUUCUUACCUCAAGUGCUUGGUAUCUUUGCUGCUGUUAUGUUCUUAGGUCUUAUUGUUACUAUUCUUUGGAUUCCUGAAUCUAAAGGUAAAGAUCUUGACGAAUUUGAAGAAGAUUAUAUCCCUCGUACCAAUAGUCCUCCUGAAGAUAAUUUGACUAUUGAAUCUGUCUUUCCUAAUGAACAAAGACCAAAGGCUUAAGAUAUAAAGCCCCUCUUCUUUUUUUUUCUCACUUUGUAGCACAUUUAUUGCAUAGCUUUAUAAUGAAUUGUACAUUGCUAUACCUAUUCCCUUUCUACGUAUCUUUAUAUCUCUCUUUUUCUUUUAUAUAUAAAUGUAUAUAUUUAUAUAUAAAUUGUAAAUAGUCAAUAUUAUUAAUAAAAAUAAACUUUUUAUAAUAUAUUUGUAUUGUC